AGAAGACCAAGACGAAGAAGAAGAAGAAGAAGAAGCUCUUCUACAAGCAUGGCUGCGUCCAAAAGAAAACGUGGAGGAGAGGGACCCGCUGAUAAAAAGGGUAAAUUUGUUGUAGACGAAGGCGAAGCUCAGGUUGAAACGAAAAAGGCGACAAGAAAUGAAGUUUUAGUCCCAGCACCGGUUUCUAUGGGCAAAUGGACCAACAAGGAAAGAGUUCUUAUCUUCUCUUCAAGAGGAAUCAACUUCAGAACCAGACACCUGAUGCAGGACCUGAGGACCAUGAUGCCUCAUUCAAAAGCAGAUACAAAAAUGGACAGGAAGGACAAGCUGUUUGUUGUCAAUGAGGUGUGUGAAAUCAAAAAUUGUAACAAGUGCCUCUUUUUUGAGGCAAAGAAGAAGCAGGACCUCUACAUGUGGAUCUCCAGCUGCCCACAUGGACCUUCUGCAAAGUUUCUGGUUCAGAACAUUCAUACGCUGGCUGAGCUCAAAAUGACGGGAAACUGCCUGAAAGGGUCCAGGCCCCUGCUCUCGUUUGAUCCGAAAUUUGACAAAGAGCCCCACUACGCUUUACUAAAGGAGCUCUUUAUCCAGACAUUUUCCACUCCUCGCUACCAUCCUAAGAGUCAGCCUUUUGUGGACCACGUCUACACGUUCUCCAUCGCAGACAACAGAAUAUGGUUUAGAAACUACCAGAUAAUUGAGGAGGACGCCUCUCUGGUGGAGAUCGGCCCACGAUUUGUUCUAAACCUAAUAAAGAUCUUCCAGGGAAGCUUUGGAGGGCCAACACUCUAUGAAAAUCCAAACUUCCGAUCUCCAAACUUGCACAGGCGAGAGCUCCGACUGGCAGCGGCAGCCAAAGUGAGAGAGAAGCAGAUGGUGAAGGAGCUCCAGAAAAUAAAGAGGAAAGAAGCUAAGGAGGACAUUGACGAGGAUGUGACGGCUGAUGUUUUUGUUACACCCAACGAGGAGAAACCUGUUCACAUUCAGACGGAGCCACCUGCGCCAAAAGUGGUGAAGAAGAACAAACACAAAGCUUUCAAGAGGCAGCGGAUGCAGAGGGGACGCAGAUAACUCCAUGGACUGGAUUUAUUUGACAGCAUGUUUCACUGCUGCCACGAUGUCAAUUUCUUUUUUUCUCUUGAUGUCGUGUUGUGUUCAAUGAAAUGUGCACGUUAAUUGAAUACAUACUAAUCUUUAUUUCACAAAACACAAUAUUUACAAUCCUUUGUAAUAAAAAUAAAUACUGUAAAAAGAAA